GGAGUGUUCAAAUGUUUUAUUUUGAAGUCAUGGAACUCAUUUAUUUUUAGUUUUCUUUUGUUUUUUUGUUAUAAUAGUGUGCAUUGGAGAAUCCAAGAUUCAAUUUUGAACGUGUAGGAACUCUCAUCUUCGAUCAAUCGUUUGCCACCAUAUUUACAUCCUUCGUAUCGUUCUCACUUCAACUUGGGCUUCAUGAUCAAUCUUAAUGUCAGCAAUCUCAUCUUUAGAUAUCUGCAUUUCGUCCCAAGAUCAACAUUUCAAAUCCCCUUCAUUUUCCUACUCCACACUCACUCUCUUCCACAUCACAAAGAUAAACCCACCAAUUGGAACGCAUCUCACGUUCUGAUUCAAUCCAACCCACUUCUCUCCCUCUUAGAAGCAUGCUCUUCUAUGGCGCAAAUGAAGCAAAUUCACGCCCAAAUGAUUUCAACUGGCUUGAUCUCAGAUGGGUUUGCUCUGAGUCGCCUCGUUGCUUUCUGUGCGAUUUCAGAAUGGCGAAAUUUGGACUAUUGUGACAAAAUUCUUAACAAUGCUGCAAACCCAAAUGUUUUUUCUUGGAAUAUGGCGAUUAGGGGCUAUAUAGAGAGUGAAAAUCCCAGAUAUGCCGUUCUUUUGUACAGGAAUAUGCUUAGAAAAGGUAGUGCGACUCCUGAUAAUUAUACGUAUCCUCUGUUGUUCAAAGUUUGUGCCGGUUUUUCGUUGAGUUGCACUGCUAAUGAGAUUCUUGGGCAUGUAAUACAGUUGGGUUUUGAUUCGGAUUUGUUUGUGCACAAUGCAAUCAUUCAUGUGUUGGUUUCGUGUGGAGAAUUGUUAGCUGCACGUAAGGUAUUCGAUGAAAGUUGUGUGAGAGAUUUGGUUUCUUGGAACUCCAUUAUCAAUGGAUACGUUCGGUGUGGUCUGGCAGACGAGGCGUUGGAUCUUUAUUACAAGAUGGGGGAACUGAAUGUGAUGCCAGAUGAGGUCACAAUGAUUGGAGUCGUUUCAGCUUCUGCUCAGCUUGAAAAUUUAGCUCUUGGAAGAAAGCUUCAUCAAUUCAUUGAAGAAAUGGGUUUGAAUUUGACCGUUCCACUUGCCAAUGCGUUGAUGGAUAUGUAUAUUAAGUGUAAGAAUAUUGAGGCUGCGAAAAUACUAUUUGAGAACAUGCCAAAGAAAACUGUUGUUUCAUGGACUAUAAUGGUUGUUGGAUAUGCCAAAUUUGGGUUGUUGGAAAGUGCUGUGAGGCUGUUCAAUGAGAUGCCAGAGAAGGAUGUUGUGCCAUGGAAUGCUCUAAUUGGUGGCUUUGUUCAAGCCAAGCGUAGUAAGGAGGCUUUGGCUUUGUUUCAUGAAAUGCAGGCCAGCAACGUUGCCCCGGAUGGGGUUACUGUCGUUAACUGUUUAUCUGCGUGCUCUCAACUUGGAGCACUUGAUGUUGGAAUUUGGAUGCACCAUUAUGUCGAUAAACACGAUCUUACUAUGAAUGUUGCCUUAGGAACUGCUUUAGUUGACAUGUAUGCUAAGUGUGGGAACAUUAAAAAGGCUAUACAGGUUUUUGAGGAGAUGCCAGGAAGAAACUCGUUGACAUGGACAGCUAUAAUUUGUGGUCUAGCACUUCACGGACAAGCACAUGCUGCCAUAUCUUACUUCUCAGAGAUGAUUAGCAUUGGACUAGUGCCUGACGAGAUCACCUUCAUUGGGGUCCUAUCAGCUUGUUGUCACGGUGGCCUGGUUGAUCAAGGACGAGACUAUUUUUACCAAAUGAGCUCUAAAUUUGGUAUUUCCCCAAAACUUAAGCAUUAUUCUUGUUUGGUGGACCUUCUAGGUAGGGCUGGCUUCUUGGAAGAAGCAGAAGAGCUUAUUAGGAGCAUGCCUUUCGAACCUGAUGCUGUAGUGUGGGGAGCAUUGUUCUUUGGCAGCCGUAUUCACGGAAAUGUUCAUAUGGGAGAAAGAGCCGCUUCUAAGCUUCUUGAGUUGGAUCCUCAUGAUAGUGGAAUUUAUGUUUUGCUUGCUAAUAUGUAUGGUGAUGCUAAUAUGUGGGAGCAGGCAAGGAAGGUAAGAAAGAUGAUGGAAGAAAGAGGGGUAGAGAAAACACCAGGUUGUAGUUCGAUUGAGAUGAACGGUUUAGUUUAUGAGUUUAUAAUUCGUGACAAGUCACAUCCUCAAUCGGAGAAAAUUUAUGAAUGUUUGACAUGGUUAACAAGACAGCUUGAAGUUAUUGAGGUCGAUACUUCUUUAUUCAAAGAAUUUUCCUCUUGGUGUUAAUCUAGGUUGCCAGAUUUGAGUUGAGAAACCUACCAAGCUCGCUCUCACAUGCUUGUGCUUGAAAGAACAAUCAUGGAUAGCUAUCUAGCACCCUGAAGGAUUUCCAGGCUACAAGGAUUUGAAAAUUUGGACAUAUCCUUUGAAAUCUUGGGUUCAAGCCUCUUGAGACUUAAACCAUUUCAUUAUCUCCCACAGAUAGGCCUUGAGUGGGUGAAGUCUAUCUGAAGAUUAAUGAGAGAUGGGCUAUACGUAUAAUACAAGGAGCCGGGCCCUUCGACACCCAGUUUAAAAAAUGUUAGUUAAUAAAAGAAAGUUUUCUAUUCUAGUUCAAGGAUUUUUGGGGCAAGGAGUUGAAUAGUGAGUUCCUAGAAAUUAUAGGGAGUUUUGAACUCUUAGACCCACGAUGUAAUGAGUUGAUAAGAUAUAAAAUUGAUGUUUUUUAGUGGGAUCCACAAACUCCUUUGACCAAACAAGGAGUGGAGUUCACAACUUCUACUUCGCAACUCCUUGGGCCAAACACACUCAAAUUGAUAUGAUUCUCUUUGUUAACGAUGAUGAUGUUCUACCUCUAGUAGUCCAAAAAGUGCUUCUGCAGGAAGAUCUUGAUUUGAAGAAACUUCUGAAUGUUAUAUUUGAAGCAUGGUAUCGACUUGGCAAGAACUUCAAACAGUUGAACUGAAAUGUUAGCCAGAUUUUGAAGAUGGCCUACUCAAUGUUAAAAGUGCUCUUUGGGAUGUAUGCUCUAAAAAAUGAUCUUGUGGUAAGGAUGGCACUUAGAAAAAAAAAUGAAUCUUACUGGGUUUAAGGGAGUUUCCAGUAGAGUAGUGAAAUGCAUAGAGAUAUGAAAGAUUACAACGAACACUUGCACUUUGCUGGCCCGAUACAGACACCGAGUGGUAAAAGCUAGGGGAGUUUAUGAGAUUAGAUACCCACAAAGCACUAGCUGUAAGUGAUGAAUAGUUGGUAUGUUGUGUGUGUUGAUUUGUUCGGUGCUAGAGCCAACACACUAAAUAAACUUAAAAGAAAUUGAUGGAGUCCACACAAAAUCUUUAUGGUUUCUCGAUGGAUAUUCCUGAAUAUCGACAUUGGAAAGAAAAAGGCGAGGAGAUGAUUGGCCUUGGUUUCUCAUCUAAGAUGUCAGAAGAAUGAUGGAAAAAGUCACAUCCAAUCAUCCCAUAACUAUAUAUGACAUGAGGUAAGUUAUUUCUUUCGAAUCAAGUGUCAUAUGCAACUAUA